GUUUGUCGAGGGUAGUAUUGCCGAUGAGGCUUUAGUGGAGAAAAUUCUUGUUGAUAACGAUAUUGAUACUAUCGUAAAUUUUGCGGCGGAAAGUCAUGUAGACCGAUCUAUUUCUGGACCUGAUAUUUUUAUCGAGACCAAUAUUGUUGGUACGCACAAUUUAUUGAAAGCAGCACGUAGAGUGUGGAUUGAGAAUGCAGCAAGCGCUAAACCUGAGCAUCGAUUUCAUCAUGUGUCGACCGAUGAGGUGUACGGCGAAUUAGAAGACCAUGAAGAGGCAUUCACUGAAGAUCACGUCUAUGCACCAAAUUCGCCAUAUUCGGCCAGUAAAGCAUCGUCGGAUCACCUUGUACGUGCCUAUCAUCAUACUUUUGGUUUGAAUGUGACGACCACCAACUGUUCGAAUAAUUAUGGCCCGUAUCAAUAUCCAGAAAAACUCAUUCCUUUAUUUUUGAGUAAUAUUUUACGCAAUAAGCCAUUACCGGUGUAUGGCACAGGGUAUGAACCCAAAGAUACUUUUGAGACAGGGAUAAUUAAAACCAUAGAAUG